AUGAAGAGAGAUCGUUCAGAGAACUCUGUUGAAAAUACAGACCCCAAGCAUACCAAAAUUGAAAAUGAUGAUCCUUUGAUGCCUUUCAUGCAAGAUUUUGAAGACAUCCAAAAAGAUAUUGAACAGCUAGAUAUAAAAUGUGCCCAUGAACAAAUGAACAUCCAGAAACAAUAUGAUGAAAAGAAAAAACCCUUGUUUGAAAAAAGAGAUGAGAUUAUUCAGAAAGUUCCAGGUUUUUGGGCUAAUACAUUAAGGAAGCAUCCAGCAUUAAGUGAUAUAGUACCAGAAGAUAUUGAUAUAUUAAAUCACUUGGUAAAAUUAGAUUUAAAGGAUAAUAUGGAUAAUAACGGUUCAUAUAAAAUAACAUUUAUAUUUGGUGAGAAGGCUAAAGAAUUUAUGGAACCAUUGACUUUAGUAAAACAUGUAACAUUUGAUAAUAAUCAAGAAAAAGUUGUUGAAUGUACACGUAUUAAAUGGAAAGAAGGAAAAAAUCCAAUAGCAGCUGUAACACAUAAUAGAUCCGACUUAGAUAAUGAAAUUCCUAAAUGGUCUAUCUUUGAAUGGUUUACAACCGAUGAAUUACAAGAUAAACCAGAUGUAGGAGAAUUGAUAAGAAGAGAAAUAUGGCAUAACCCAUUAUCAUAUUAUUUGGGCUUAGAAGAAUUUGAUGAAUUUGAUGACGAUUUUGAUGAAGAAUUUGACGACGAUGAUGAUGACGAUGAUGAUGAUGAAGAUGAUGAUGACGAUAAAGAUGAUGAUGACGAUGAUAAAGAUGAUGAUUUAGAUGGUGAUGACGAUGGAAAUAAUGAUGAUAAUGAUGAUUAA